AUGACGGCGGAAAUCCUGAGAACGAAAUGGAUGGCGAUGACGGCGAGUAUAUGGAUUCAGUGUACCGGAGGUGGCUCUUACACCUUCGGAAUCUAUUCGGCCAUCUUAAAAUCAAGUCAAUCGUACGAUCAAUCGACCCUUGACACAGUCUCCGUCUUCAAAGACAUUGGAGGUAACGUCGGCGUUUUAUCUGGACUUGUAUACACCGCAGCCACCUUCAAUCGCCGUCUUCGUGACGGUCGGGAAGGUCGAGGAAGAGGAGGACCUUGGGUUGUGAUUUUGAUCGGAGCGGUUUUGUGUUUCACCGGUUAUUUCUUUAUGUGGGCUUCUGUUACCGGUUUGAUUAGACGGCCUCCGGUUCCGGUUAUGUGCCUGAUUAUGUUUAUAUCUAAUCAGGCUAUGACGUUUCUUAACACGGCUAAUGUUGUUAGCUCCCUUGAGAAUUUCGCCGAUUAUGGUGGUACUGCCGUUGGAAUUAUGAAGGGUUUUGUUGGUCUAAGUGGAGCAAUGUUGAUUCAGAUGUAUGAAACAAUAUGUCCUGGAGAUCCAAAGAGUUUCAUUCUUUUACUUGCAAUAGUACCACCACUUCUCUCUGUUUUGGUCAUGCCUCUGGUUAGGAUCUAUGAGACAAGAACGGUCGAUGAGAAGAAGCAUUUGGAUGGUUUAUCGACUUUGUCACUUAUCAUUGCAGCUUACCUUAUGAUCAUUAUUAUUGUGAAGAGCAGUUUUGGUUUACCAUCAUGGGCUAAUUCCGUCAUACUCGCGAUUCUACUCGUUCUGCUUUCCUCGCCUUUACUAAUUGUGAUACAAGCAUACCGAGACAACAAACCAUCGUCACAUGUUUAUUCUCCUCUCGUAGACAAUAUGGAAGCAGCAACCUCUAGUGAGAUCUCGGUGUUUGAUGAAGAUAAAAGCUUGAAUAUUUUACAAGCUAUGGGUAAAGUAGACUUCUGGUUGUUGUUUCUUGCAAUGAUAUGUGGAAUGGGAUCGGGGAUAUCGACGAUAAACAACAUGAGACAAAUAGGCGAGUCUCUUCAAUACUCGAGCAUCGAGAUAAACACGUUGUUGUCUUUAUGGAGUAUAUGGAACUUUGUCGGUCGGUUUGGAGCCGGUUACGCCUCGGAUUUGUUGUUACACAAGAAAGGAUGGCCACGUCCGGUGCUAAUGGCUGCAACUCUUGGAACCAUGACCAUAGGCCAUUUAAUCAUAGCCUCUGGUUUUCAAGGAAACCUUUACCCCGGUUCGAUUAUCGUAGGAGUUUGUUAUGGAUCACAAUGGUCGUUGAUGCCAACGAUUACUUCAGAGCUAUUUGGGGUUAAGCAUAUGGGAACAAUUUACAACACCAUUUCGAUUGCUAGUCCUAUGGGUUCGUAUAUCUUCUCUGUAAGAUUGAUUGGUUAUAUAUAUGAUCGGACCAUAAGUGGAGAAGGUAACACGUGUUAUGGUCCUCAUUGUUUUCGAUUGUCAUUUAUGAUUAUUGCAUCUGUGGCUUCUCUCGGAUUUCUUGUCUCAUGUGUGUUGGUUUUUCGGACAAAGAUGAUGUAUCAACAAAUCUUCGAGAAGAGGUUUCAUCGUCGGUAA